AUGACUACUUAUAGGACGGUGUCCAUAUUUUUUAUCGUCGUCCAUAUUAUUUUUAUUUUAGAUUUCGGUUUCAUUACGGGAUGUUCAAGAAAAUUAGCACCGCUGGUUAAAAUAAUUUCGAUGAUUCAAGUGUUUUGCUUUGUGGUCUACUGCUACUAUGUAAUAUCAUAUUUUAAUGAAGAUUUGAGUACAACUGUGACGUCUGUAACAUUAGUUCAAAUGGUCAUACAUUUGACAAUACUGAUAUUUUUUAAUAGAAGAACGACUUUUAGUAAUAUUUUAAAAGAUAUCGCCAGUUUCGAUUCGAAAUUGAGAACUAACAUGGAAUGUAGCUUUAAUACCAAAUUGAUAUUAUAUAGUGUUUUAUCCUUGACAAGUGAUAUGCUGAUUAUUUUGUUUUACGGAUACAUUACUGAGCUUAAAGUUUAUGAUUUUUCUUUCGCGUUUGUACUUGCAAUGCCUUUUAUUACUUUCAACAUUACUAUGUGCAUGUGUUGCCUCAUCUUUUAUUAUAUUAAUUGCCAUUUGAAAGAGAUUAACAGAGCUUUUACAGAUAGUACUCUUACUAUAUCUGAAUGUUUGUUUCUAUUUAAACAUAUAUCUGAUAUUCUUGACCAGUUUAUGAACGGGUUUGAGAUUCUGGUUAGUAUUAUUUAUUUAACCCACUGUAAGUGA